AUGUCCGCUUCAUCCCUCGUAGACCUCGACUCCCUCGAAGCCACCAUCCUCAUCGACAAUGACCUGGACCCCAUGUCCCCCGUCCCCCCAGACACAGUAGAAGUGACAGGUCUGAUGCGCACACUGGCAACAUCCUCUCCACACGAUAUCCACGACCGGGGAGAUGCGCACAAGGAACUUCAAAUGGAGGAUAUAUGCUGCUCUGCGCAUGGGUUAAUUAUCCAGACAGCAACAAAAGACAACAAGCAGCACACGAUCCUCUUCGACGCCGGACCUGAAGGCGACGCCUGGGAGAGGAAUGUUAAGCGCCUACGGCCUGAUUUGGCGAGUGUGGAGGUUGUGCAGUUGUCGCAUUGGCAUCGGGAUCAUUCUGGUGGUCUUCAAAGGGCUAUUGAGAUGAUUACGGAUGCUAAGAAGAAGGCCGGGGGAAAUUCCUCUGCGACGGUAGUUGAUCUCCAUCCCGAUCGACCAGAUUACAGAGGCAUGGCUAUCGGAAAUAAUAUCAUAUCAUUGCAGGCUGAUCCCAGCUUCGAGGAGCUAGAAGCCGCCGGAGGCGUGGUGCAGAAACACGCUGAUGCGCAUACCGUCCUGGACGACUUUUUUUUCAUAUCGGGGGAGAUUCCUCGACGGACGGGGUAUGAGAAUGGGUUGAAGGGGGGGAUGCGGUUCGAUGCGGAAGAAAAGGACUGGUUCUCGGAUGAGGGGAUUGCUGAUGAGAGGUUUUUGAUGUGUAGGCUUAAGGACAAGGGCAUCGUCAUGUUCACGGCGUGCAGUCACGCCGGGGUGGUCAAUUGUGCGCAGCAUGCGGUGGAUUCGCUGGACGGCGAGGUCCCUCUGCAUGCUAUCGUUGGGGGCUUUCACCUUGCUACUAGUGAGACGUCGCAGAUGGAGAGCACGGUUAGGGAUCUAAAGAGGUUGGAUCCUGCGGUUAUUCUUCCUGGUCAUUGCUCUGGUUGGAGGGCUAAGUUUGCUAUUGAGAGAAGUAUGCCGGGGGCGAUGGUGCCUUGUUCGGUGGGGAUGAGGAUUAAAUUCUAG